AUGAUUAUAAAAUUUAAAAAUGAAGAAAAUAAUAUAAACCAUAAUAAAAAGAAAAUUGUAAUAUAUAAAAACAUAUCCCAACAACUAUUAAAUAAACUAUUAAAUCAUUUCAAAGUGAUUUGUUUUAAUCAAAUUACAAAAGAUAAUAUGAACCUUUUCAUUGACGAAAUAGAAACUGCUGAUGGCUUAAUGGGAAGAGGAUUACAGAUUGGUGCAAAAAUAUUAAACAAAGCUAAUAAUUUGAAAGUUAUUUCUGCAAUGAGUUCAGGGAUCGACCAAUAUGAUCUAAAUAUUUUAAACCAUAGAAAAAUACCUUUAAUGUACACACCUAAUGUUUCAAAUGAUUCAGUUGCUGAUCUUGCAAUUGGUUUAAUGUUAAAUUGUAGUAGAAAAAUAAAAAACUCCAUGAAGAGAAUUAAAAAUGGUGAAUGGGAAAAAAAAAUGGACUAUAAUUUUUGGUAUGGAUUGGACGUGCACCAUAAAAAAAUUGGUAUUGUAGGCAUGGGAAGGAUAGGUUUAACGCUGUCAAAAAGAGCAAGAUUUGGAUUUGAUAUGGAGGUUCUAUACCACUCUCGUACAAGACAUUUUGAUGCUGAAUCAUUGUAUGAUGCUGUAUUUUAUCAAGAUGUCGAUGAAUUAUUAAAAGAAUGUGAUUUUGUAGUAUCGAUAUUACCUCUAACAGAAGAGACUAGAUUCUUUUUUUCUGAAAGUAAAUUUUCGUUAAUGAAAAAUACCGCAAUUUUUGUUAAUGUUGGUAGAGGAGGUGUUGUAGAUGAAGUAUCGUUAAUAAAAGCUUUGAAAGAUGGUAGAAUUGCUGGCGCAGGAUUGGAUGUAUUUGAAUUUGAACCUCUUUCACCAACAUCACCACUACUGUCACUUGAUAAUCUUGUAUGUACACCACAUUUGGGAAUUGCAACAUUAGAAACCUCAAAUAAAAUUGAUGAAUGUGCUGUAAAUAAUUUAAUUAAUGUUUUAAUAAAUGGUAAUUUAGAAAAUAAUUGUUAUAAUUUUGAUUCAUUAUUUAAAUAA